AUGUCCUGCAGACGCUGCUGGCACCGAGGAGGCCGGUCUCAUUCUGACUGCGAUGGGCAGGUCGGUGUUGGAAACAACAACCCCAGCUGCUGUCAGCAAGUUCCUGGCUCUCUGCACCAGGAAGCCGUCUGUCCUCUUGGGAAGGCGGAUGAAGGACCCUGUUUUUCUCAUAAGCCCCGGUCCAUUGAAUGGAGCAUUUGCCUCGUCUGUCCCAUUUGGAAUUGAGCUUUGGAGGCUGGUUUCACCUUCGCCAUAGUGAGCAUCACAAGUGCCCUGGUGCAAUUUGCUGCUGCUGUUCCAUCUCCUCUCCUUGGCCUGUACUGCUGCUGCUCGUUUGCUGGGAUCACUGGGACCAGCUCCCUGGGUUCUGCAGUCCUGUCCCGCUUUCCUGACCCCAACUUCCCAAACUUCCAUAAAGACCCAUCGCAUU